AUGGCAUCGGUGUAUGGCAAGGCUUUGCUUACUAUCAUCGCCGCAGUAGGUAAAGAUGCUAACCAUGGCCUACCUGACCUUGAGACGUCUCGGACGAAGUACGAAGUAGUAGAUCUUGGCCGUUUCCAGAUUAUAAGGUCACGUUCAUCUGGGUAUGGCCAGCUUAUCAAUAGAACCACCUGGGCAACUCGAGCAUGGACGUACCAAGAAAUGCUUUUAUCUCCGCGAUCACUGGUAUUCCUCGAGAAUCAUGUCGAAUGGGUGUGCAAAUGUACCGAAUGGUUGGAGGAUCACGAUUUUGAACAUGAGGAGUUCAUUUUAAGACGAGACUACUCCCUGCCUGGCUGCGAAUACGACCUGUCAUUAUUAAACUAUAGACGUUUCAUCUCUGAAUACACAAGGCGCAAUUUGACAUUCGAAAACGAUAUUGUAAACGCUUUCUUAGGUAUCAUGGCAGCGAUCGAUGACAAGUUUUUCUGGGAUCUACCACUCCGUGGCUUCGGCGGGUAUCUGGUAUGGGCAUCAUCGACGUCAUCCUUUGGCUUAGGAGAGCUUCCUGAUCAGAGAAGAGAUUGUGGCUUGUCUAUACCGACUUGGUCGUGGCUGAGCUGCAAGGGUAUGAUAGAUCUAGGUGCACUCAAAGGACCUAUUGAUUCACUGCUAGCGGCAUAUCGAUGGCGAAGCGGUCAAUUGAAACGGAUGUGCAAACCUUACACGGCCUCCCUGAAUUAUUCACCGAAAGACGAACAAAAGGAACAAAAGCAGACCAUUUGGUACGAUGAUUCGGAGUGGACGGUCGGCACCAAUGACAUACCGAGUGAUGUUAUGCUGAACGAGGAUCAAAUCAUCUUUUGGGCUUUCACUGUGGCCCACUCCACCACGGAAGAGCGUAAAUACGCUCUUGUCGGACAGGACAUUUUGCUAAACACACUAGCGCUGAGUAUCACAUGGAAUGACAAGAUCGCUACGCAUUUGGGGAGCGUUAGCUUUGAAGAAAACGAAUGGCCUUUUGAGAGGGCAGUGAAAAAGUUGAUGAUAAUGCAGUAG